UUGUGCUGCAAGUAAAUUUGUCCUUAUUGGAAAGUACAUACUAUCACUACAGCUUUAUUUUGUACAUGUUUUAAUUCUGUGUAGGAGGAGUAAUUGAUAUUUUUUUUGCAUAAACUUUUUUCAUUUUAUAAAAACCUCUCCAAAUUUUCAGAACCAUUUUGCUAAUUUUUGCUUCUCUGCCAUACUAUUGCAGCUUGCAUUUCGCUCUGCUACCAACCAAACAUUUUAAAAAAUGUUAAUCUGAUAGACAUUCAUGACAUUGAAAGACUAGGAAACAUAUGCUCUUGCCACCAUUUUGAAAGGGAAGACUUCAGUGCCAAGGCAUCAAGGCCUAGAAACAGCUGUGGAUCGGGACGGGAGGCAAAUUGCAUUGGAUAAUCCAGAACGUUGGCUUUACUCCCGAAAGUCUCUCUCAAUCAUCUUUCCAUAAUGUCAGAGCAGUUCUUGGGAACCUGGAAGCUCAUCUCUAGUGAAAACUUUGAUGAAUAUAUGAAAGAACUAGGAGUAUGCUAUUCCCAAAGGAAGCUGGGAAGUCUAGCCAAGCCCACAGUGGUCAUUACCAAGAAUAAAGAUGUCAUCACCAUCAGAACAGAAACUAUCUUUAAAGUAAAUGAAGUCUCCUUCAGAUUGGGCCAGGAGUUUGAGGAAACAACAAUGGACUGCAGGCAUGCCAAGAGCAUAGUAACGAUGGAGGGCGGUACUCUGACUAAAGUCCAGAAGUGGGGUGACAAAUGUACGAUUAUCAAAAGAAAAUUAGUUGGUGGGAAUAUGGUGGUGGAAUGUACCAUGAAUGAUGUUACCUGUACCAGAAUCUACGCAAGAGUGUGAAGUUACUCCCCAUCAUUUCAGUUUAAAUUUACCUGUGGUUCACUAGUUAAGUAUUCAAAGCUUGAUUGUGUUUUUUAUGUGGAAAGAAAUAAAGGUUUACAAAAGUC